AUGGUCUUUUGUGGCGAUUUCAUGCAAAUUCUACCAGUAAUUCCAAAGGGUAUAAGACAAGAUAUUGUUGGGGCGAGCAUAAAUUCCUCAUAUCUGUGGAGAUCAGCUAAAGUCUUUAGACUAACUAAGAAUCUACGCAUAAGAACUGUACAAUCACAAAUUGAGGCUAAAGAGAUUGAGGAGUUUUCAAACUGGAUAGCUAAUAUAGGUGACGGAACAGUUGGUAAUUCAAAUGAUGGUGAAGCAGAUAUUCAAAUCCCAUAUGAGUUUUUGGUCAAGUGUGAUGAUGAUCCUAUUGCUAAAAUUGUUGAUAGCACUUUCCCUCUAUUUAGACAUGGUAUUGAGGAUCUGUCGUAUCUCAAGGAUAGUGCUAUUCUGGCUCCAACAUUGGAUGUGGUAGAUAGCAUUGACUAA